AUGGCUUAUGCUUGUAUUUCCUCACUUAUGCAGACACUGCAGCAACUCUUGCAAUCUAAAUCAUCUUUGAUUUGUGAAAGUCCCAUACAACAAAAACAUGUUGAAUCUUCUUAUCAAAGUCUAUGUGCUCUUCAAGUUUUUCUUGAGGAUACCACAAAUGAAGCCAAUGAUAUUGAAAAUCUCAAGAUUUUAGAAAAAAAGAUCAAAGAUGUAGUCUACAAAGCAGAAGAUAGAGUUGAUUCAUGCUUAACAAACAUGAUUCUAGCUGAUAAUGAAGACGACCGAGGAAAAGCUUGUAAAUUCUUCAAUGAAGAAUUACAACAAGUUGAAACAGAAUUUGAUUCUCUCAGGAAAGAGGUGAUGGUGAUCGAGUUCAACAAGCGUGGAAGCAAAUCAACGGAGUUAGCAGCAGCAACAACUUCUUUCUCAUCAAUCGAGGAAACGACUUAUGUUGGUAAGACAACUCUUGCUAGAAAAGUUUUUGAUAAUUCAACCAUUCGUGAUCGAUUUGAGAAACAUGCAUGGGUCACCAUAUCUGAACAAUAUAAUAAGAGACAAAUGCUUCUUGAAGUUGCUUCUUCGAUUAGUGGAGUCAACAAUCAAGAAAUGAGCAAUGAUGAAUUGAUGGUUAUUGUGUAUAGGAGUCUCAAGGGUAGGAGAUUUCUAAUCGUCAUAGAUGAUCUUUGGAGUACCGAUGCUUGGGACCAAAUGCGAAGAAUAUUUCAAAAUGAUAACAAUAAAAGCCGAAUUAUAUUAACCACUCGUCUCAAACAUGUUGCUGAUUAUGCAAGUUCCCCUGAAUUUCCUCCUCAUGAUGUGUCUUUUCUAAGUUUUAAAGAUAGUUGGAAACUAUUUACCAAAAGGCUAUUCAAAAAAGAUCGUUGUCCUCCACAACUACGAAAAAUAGGGAAGCAUAUCAUACAACAAUGUCAAGGAUUACCUCUCUCGAUUAUUGUCAUUGCUGGACUUCUUGGCAAGAUAGGUGUGACAUGA